AUGAGUAAACUGGUGUUGAUUAUAUUGGUCUUUGUCUCAUCAGAAGUCGUUUUUGUGGCGUCUCAACAAUCUUGUUCAGAGUCGGACGACUGCGAUGUCAAAGGCAGCUGUUGUCACGAUGGAAUUUGUACGACUGAUCGUUUAAAAUGUCUCCUGCAGGAUAGAAUACGUAAAUUACAGUGUUGUAUCUCUGGAACAUGUAAAGAAUAUAAUAGUGAAGAUUGCUCUGGUACGCAAAGUGAACGUGCCAGUUGUCACGCUGAUUGGCAAUGUACAUACGGCUGUUGCGUCGACUCAACAUGCCACUCGAAGAUAAGCUGGCAGUGUGUUAACAAGAAGAAGUCCUGUACUUUCAACUCGGAGUGUGACAGCCGUUGUUGUAAGAAUAACAAAUGCCAAGAUACGAAGUCUCAAUGUCAUAAUUCAUGUUAUAGCAAUUGGGAAUGUGCAGGUAGCCUUUGUUGUGAAGACUACAAAUGCCAAGAGAUAUAUGGGGCUUGUUCAAAUCCUACUACCGCAGCGUUCACGACAAUGACGUCCGGCAAAUAUUGCUAUUCAAGCAGUGAUUGUUAUUCCUACAACCAGUACAACGGCUAUUACAGUUAUCAAUGCUGUGUAUAUGGACAGUGUCAAGCCUGUCCAACUACAUCCUACUAUCGCUGGUGGCAAACUACAACUGCUCGAAGUAAAUCAAUUUUAUUUUCACACUUUGUAUGUUAAAAGAAUAUGUUAGCUGGCAGUAAGUGGGAGUGUUAGUACAUUGCGGUUAAAGUGGAGUAAUACGAUUUCAAUGCAUGUUAAUUGAAAAUGUUCACACAUAAAUAACGAAACAUGAGACAACAUUCGUACAUGCAUUGAAAUCAGUUUUCUGUUGCGAGUUGCUGCAAUUUUGUUGCUCGUUUUACUUCACAUUUGGUGCAUGUGGCUUUCAUGAUUAGGCUUCGAUUCAGGCAAUACUCAGUUCAGUUAUUUUAUUAUAUUUCAGUCGCAUAUUAGAAUUAGACUGCUUGCAGUUUGACUAAGCGCCGCCAAAGUUCGACUCAACCAAACACCGAAGGUUUUUUCUGGCUUCUCCAGUUUCCUCGUGUAGAAACACGAUAGACCAUUUUGAACUUGGUCGGUUUAGUUUUGUUGAACCUAAUUUGCUUUAGAUAUUGUUAACCUGAAUUAAAGUUUACUAAAGUUUAGGGCUGCGGUGUGACUGUGUGAGAGAGAUACAACUACUUAAAAAAUAUAAACAGAAUUUUCGACGUUUCAAGCGAAGGCUCUUUAUGACCUUCGUCGGAACCCCUUCGCGAAACAUCGCUUCGCCUUCGGAGGGUCUUCGCUACUUCGAAGUUUUUAUUUUUGAGGUACUUGUAAAGCCUUGGGCAAACUAGAAAACAUUGUUGCGGAAAUAUUGUUUCCUGCCAAUGUUUCGCCAUGUUUCCAAGAGUGGGCAAACACUAGGAAACAUUAGUGAGAAACAUAGGGAAACAUCAAGUGUUUCUGAAUUUGCUAGGAAACAUUUUUGCUUCUCGGGAAGCAAAUUUUGUUUCCGCAACAAUGUUUCCACGGGUGGGCAAACAGAGAAACAUUUGAGGAAACAUCGAGAAUCACAAAUGUUUCCACAACAAUGUUUCCUAGUUUGCCCAGGGCUUAACUCUCUAUCAUGUGGGCAAAUAUGGUUGGCUAAUUUACUCAUAAAUUAUUAAUAAGUUUGAGAUAUGUUGGUUAAUGUAAUCCGCCCCCACUAUUUUGCGAAGUGUCCCCCACUGUUCCUGUACCCCCUCUUUCCAAUGUACCACCGGGAUCCCCUGUGUAGUUUAGUUGCAUUUGGUUUGAUGCUUCCACUUUUUUUCUUCUUAAAUUUCAGGUUAUCACCGUUAUCCCGAUUACAAUGAUGAUUAUGACUAUAAUGAUGGAAGGUCUAGCAGCUCAAGCGGUGGCCUGAGUGUGGGCGGUAGUAUUGGUGUAGCUGUUGGGGUUCUCUUUCUCAUCAUCUUGAAACUUGCACUAUGGGCAUCGUGGCGUGCACGCCGUCAGCGAGGAGUGAUCAUCGUGCGUAGACGCAUUACGUGCGUUGCCGUGCCAAUAGUGGAGAACGAUGAGCUUCAACGUGAACACGAACGUGCCGCGCAAGGAAUCCCAGACCGCCCACCGCCUGCAUACAGUCCGCGACCCUUUGAGAGCAACACAUCAAGCCUUCCGGUAGGACCACCUCCGGAAUAUUCUGCUACCAACCAAAACGAGAAUACCAAUUCAGUCCAAACAGACCAAACCCAAACAGCAGGAGACAAUGGUAAUACUGAAGAAAUAAAUGGUGUACCACAAGGCUCCACAAUGGUACCUCCACCCGCGUAUUCCCCAAAUCGUGCAACCAACCCAAACGAGAACAGUUCAGUUCAAACAGACCAAACCCAACGAGCAGGGGUCACUGCUGGUAACACCGAAGAAAUGAAUGGUGUACCACAGGGAAACACAAUAAUACCCCCAUCUAUCCCUUCGCCUUACCCUCUAGUCAACCUAUCUGAAAAUACCACAGGACAAAAUUCAGUCCAAACAGAUCAAAGAGGACAGCUUACUGGUAAUACCGAAGAAAUCAAUGGUGAUCCACAGGGAAACACAAUGGGGCCCUUUAUUAUUUAG